CACAUCCUGCCGUGGGUUGGCACAACCUGCGUGAAAUUGUUUAUGUCUGGCAGUCGGAUCCACCUGGAAUAUUUGUCUAUUUUCUUUGCAUUUGUUAUGAUUUCGGUGGGCCGGAUUUUAUUUUAGCACAGGCAGGUAACCCACUCGCGGCAGAAAGAUCGCAUUCCGCGACUUUCUGUUCUUCUGGAGCAUUUUCGAGGCGGAAAAUGCAACCGCUCUGGAGCUGUCUGUAAUGGACGACGGUUGACCAUUCAGUUGACAAUAUAAAUCGUGCUGCUGCUCGAUCAACAUGAUCUGCCGAUACAGCCAGAUAUUAUUUGUAACCCUAUUGGCGCUUCCCUUUGCAGCACCAGCAGAAAAUCUUCAAGCUCCGAGAUUCAUUUCUCAGCCAGCGUCACCCAGUAGCAUAGUUAGUGAGGGCAGAACAAAAAUUUUGCAAUGCCAGGCUCAAGGCAAUCCACGACUGGAAUUCCGGUGGCUCAAGGAUGGCCACCCGUUGACUGAUUUUUUGCCAGAACACUUUUACAAGAUCCAAAGCUUGAGACGAGAAGACGCAGGCAACUAUAGUUGCAUAGCUCGGAACGAAGUCGGAGCUAUUUUCAGCAACAAGUUUGACGUCUCUGUUGCUUAUAUGGGCCAGUUUGAAGAUGUGGAGGAGAAAACUCAAGUUGUUCAGUACGGGAGUGCGGCUAUUUUAGAUCUCCCCUUGAUCGAAAGCCACCCACUUCCCUCCGUCACCUGGCAAACUGAAGAUGCGCCGGUGCCAUAUGAUAGGAAAUAUGUCGUCACUUUGAAAAACCAGCUUGUGAUUUUGGCAGCUGACGAAGAGGAUGAGAAAUCGUAUCGUGUCAGGGCCACUAACACUCAGCUAGGAAAAGAGGAGAACAGUGGCUUCAUUAGACUAGCGGUUGACAAGGACAGCGCCAAGGGCUACCUCGAUGAAAAUGAGGAUAACGACCAACCAGCAAUUAUCAUCGGGCCCUCGGAUCUGCGCAUCAUCAAGGGUCAAAGUUCGGCAGACUUGGAGUGUGUGGCCAACUCUAGGUACUUACAUGAGCUGAGCACCAUUUGGCUGAAGGAUGGAAUUCCUCUGGAAAAUGCUGGGAUUCAAUUCAGCCUCAACGACGUAUGGAAUCGAACUCUGUCUCUUUUGAACAUUGAACCUGGACACGGAGGCCAGUAUGUCUGCAAGGCAAUGCUGAGGAGCAACAGAGGCAAUCAGCCCAUUGAAGUUGAAGCAAGCGCAACCAUUUCUGUGCUAGAAAAGCCCAUUUUCACGGGCAAUCUCCGUCCAGAGUUCUACAGUGAUUUUGCUUCCUCUGUGAAUCUGCCCUGCCACGCAAUUGGCGUACCGACCCCUCAAAUUGUGUGGUACCGCAACACUGAACCCCUCAGCAUGCAAAUCGGCUCCAGAUUUGAAGUCCAGGACGAUGGAUCUCUGAUGAUUAAAAGCGUAGCGGUUGAGGACGCAGGCAUGUUCCAGUGCCUGGCCAAAAAUGAAGCUGGAGAGGUGUCCAUGUACACCUGGUUGCGAGUCAAAACGUCGGCUCCGACUUUGACAAUGCCGCCGACAAAUGUGACAGUUCUGGCUGGAAAAGAUGCUACAAUCAAUUGCAGAGCAAAGGGCGCUCCUGCUCCAACAACCACUUGGAAAUUGAAAGAUGGAGAAACUUUGCGUGGAACUCAAGAUAGAUUUUCAGUGCUUGAGUCUGGAGACAUUUUGAUCUCUUCAGUCCAAAGUGCUGACGCUGGCGAGUACACUUGCAUCCAGUCAAAUGAAGCGGGACGGAACGAGAGCUCUGCUUGGCUGAUUGUACUCGUGCAACCUCAAAUUUUGCAACCACCUGCAGACACCAAAAUCAUACUUGGACACACGGCCACUUUCCAGUGCAAAGUAUCCAGUGAUCACUCUCUACCGUUUUCAAUAACAUGGAAGAAAAACGGACUGCCUAUUGAUACAUCUCGAACAUCAAGAAUCCAACAAACUCCCAAUGGCACUUUGGAAAUAAAGGAAGUACGAGCGGGUGACGUUGGCGAGUACACUUGCUUCCUGAACACAAGUGGAGGAAAUGACUUCCGUUCGGCAAAACUGAUGGUCAUUGAGCUACCCUACGCACCUGGUGCUGUUGCAGCCUACAAAAUUGAGGGCACCAAGAAGGUCAACGUCUCUUGGACGCCUGGUUUUGACGGAAACAGCCCCAUUUUGAAGUACAUCGUGCAGAAACGAGAGGUGCAAAAUAAUGAAUUGCUUCCACUUACUCAUCACUCUUGGACAACUGAGUUGACAAACAUCAGUGCCACCGCAAGAUGGGUGGUUUUGCCAUUCUUGAAGGCAGCUGCUUCAUACCAGUUUAGAGUGAGUGCCAUCAACAGCGUCGGAGAGGGAAAUCCGUCUGAUCCCAGUGGGAUCGUUGCUCUCCCUCAAGAACGUCCCUCUGGCCCACCUCAAGGUUUAGUUGGAUCGGCUCGUUCAGCUUCGGAAAUCAUAAUCCAAUGGCAGCCACCUGUCGAGAAGCAUCACAAUGGUAUUCUGAUGGGCUAUUUGAUCCGGUAUAGACUGUACGGCUACAUUGACAGCCCCUGGUCUUACCGAAAUGUGACCAAUGAGGCGCAGCGUAAUUAUCUCAUUCAAGAACUGAUUACUUGGAAAGACUAUGAAAUUCAAGUGGCAGCUUACAAUGACAAAGGCGUUGGUGUUUAUUCAGACAGCAUCAAAAUAAAAACUAAAGAAGGAGUCCCCGAAGAUGCACCAAGUAAAGUUCGAGCAACGGCAUUGAAUUCGACAGCUGUGCAGGUUUGGUGGACGCCUCCUGACCCUCAGAAAAUCAAUGGAAUUAAUCAAGGCUACAAACUCCAAGCCUGGAAAAGUGAGUUAUUCCUUAAAUUCUGUUGGCUUUAUAAUUACUUAAAAUUUAUUACAGAUACAAUCAGUGAUACUUCGGAACAUAUCAUCAAGACUGUGCCUCCCAAUUUGCUGGACCCCUUGGCCGAACAAAUGACGGUUUUAGAGAACCUAGAUAAAUAUGCACUCUACCAAAUCACUGUACUUUGCUUCACUGACCCUGGAGAUGGAGACAAAAGUGAGCCUAUUCAAGUUCACACCCUAGAAGAUGUUCCUGGGCCUGUUGCUAAGUUUCAGUUUGAUGAAGUAAGUGACAGAGCGGUGACUGUUUCUUGGGGAACUCCUCCGAAUCCAAAUGGAAUUCUCAUUGGUUACACCCUCAAGUACAUGGUGAAAGAUAAGGCAGAAACUGAAAAGGUUCUGGAACUCCAUGACAACACUACUUCUCUGAGAAUUGAAGGAUUGCAAGCCACCACCCACUACCGCUUUGAAAUCAAAGCACAGACCGCUGUAGGUCUUGGAGAAGCAUCCUCCGCCACAAUUCAGUCUGGCAUCGAGCCGGUUUUGCCCACAGCACCUACGCAUUUAGCUGUAACGAAUAUUGAAGCAUUUUCCGUAAUGCUACAAUUUACCCCCGGAUUUGAUGGAAACUCUUCAAUUAUCAAGUGGAUUGUAGAAGGACAAACUUCAAGAGCAACAACUUGGAGUGUGCUGCAGGAAGUGUCUGAUCCAGAUGCUAUGACAAUUUUUGUGAAAACCCUGCUGCCAUUCAUGCAAUACAAACUGAGACUAACAGCUGUGAAUGUUGUCGGAGCUUCACCUCCAUCAGAGCCAACCAAAGAUUUCCAAACCAUUCAAGCACCACCAAAGCACUCUCCUAAGAAUGUUACAGUCCGUGCUGUCAGCGCUACAGAGCUACGAGUGCGUUGGAUUCCGUUGCAUCAGCUAGAGUGGUUUGGAAACCCAAGAGGCUACAACAUCACUUGCUUUACUUUGGAUGGAAUUGCCAAAAUUUUUAUCAUUGAAGACCACACGGCCAACUCUUAUGUUUUAUCGCAUCUGGAAGAAUUCACUGAGUACUCAGUUCAGAUGAGUGCAUUCAAUGACGUCGGUGCUUCAGGAUUAAGUCCACCUGCCAGAGAACGAACUCGUGAAGCAGCCCCUUCUUCCGGUCCAAAUCACGUGGAAGCUAAUGCAACCUCGUCAACUACCAUUGUAGUGAAGUGGGGUGACAUACCAAAGGGAAAUGAAAAUGGAAUUAUUGAUGGCUACAAAGUUUUCUAUGGAGCACCAAAAGUACCAUUUAAGCACAAGGUAAUACCCAAGAAUACUACACACACUACAACAUUGACGGAGUUGAAGAAGUAUGUGUCAUAUCACAUUCAAGUGUUGGCCUACACUAGAUUGGGUGAUGGCGUUUUGAGUAUGCCACCAGUUGCUGUGAAAACUUUUGAAGACACGCCUGGACCUCCGUCUAAUGUCUCAUUCCCUGAUGUUUCCUUUUCAACGGCAAGAAUUAUUUGGGAUGUGCCGGAGGACCCCAAUGGAGAAAUCCUGGCGUAUAGAGUUUCUUAUCACUUGGAGGAAAACAUCAGCUUCAACUAUUCAAGGGAAUUCCCACCUUCAGACCGGACAUUCAGAGCCACAGAACUGGAACCCGAGCAGUAUUACUUGUUCUCCGUCCGAGCACAAACUCGUCUUGGCUGGGGUAAAACCGCACAAGCUUUGGUCUACACCACCAACAAUAGAGAGCCACCAGAGGCACCAUCAAUGCCUCAGAUCAGCCGAAGCCAAGUUCAAAGUGAGCAAAUCAUCUUCAGUUGGACACCUGGCAGAGACGGUUUUGCUCCGUUGAGGUACUACACGGUGCAAAAGGCAGAGGGAGCUGACGGACCAUGGCUCACUGUUGGAGAACGAGUGGAUCCACAACUCACCUACUAUACAGUGACGGAAUUGAAACCCUUCACAGCCUACAAAUUUAGAAUCCAAUCAACAAAUGAUCUGGGACCGAGUGGUUGGAGUCCUCCGUCAGCUCUCUUCAAGACUCUCCCUGCAGCUCCUAGCCAGGCAGUGAAGAAUUUGAAAGUUGUUCCAAUCACCACCACCAGUGUACGAGUUCAAUGGGAACCCAUUUCUGAUACUUUCUGGAGUGGAGAUCGCCAGACUGGUGGAUACAAAAUUACUUACCAGCAGUUUUCGCAUUAUCCGACAGCGAUGCAAGCUUCACCGAGUAUUCAAGUUCCAGGUGUUUCGACUAAAGAGGCAAUUCUUGAUGACCUUUUGAGAGACAACACUUAUGAGAUCAUUGUUAUUCCCUACAACUCUCAAGGAUUGGGCCCUGCCUCAACUCCUGCAACAGUCUAUGUCGGAGAGGCGGUUCCAACCGGCAAACCUAGAGACAUUACUGCAGAGGCAGUUUCACCUACAGAAGUACAUCUCAGUUGGAAACCACCUCCUCAAGGCCAGCAAAAUGGAGAGCUUCUGGGUUACAAGAUCUACUACGUUGUAACUGAUCAACCAGCCCUUGAAAACACCAAGGACUACAAAAAGCCAGUUGGUGCCGAGCAGGAACUGGAAGUGGUCGCAGCUCCUAGUACAAGCCACAGUUUGGUCUUCCUCGACCAAUACACCACAUACCAAAUCAACAUCGUCGCCUUCAACCCGGCUGGAGAUGGUCCUCCCUCAUCCCCAGUGACAGUCACUACACUCGAAGGUUUGCCAGGACCGCCUGCCAACCUGACGUUUGUUGAUAUCACAAUGACAAGUCUCUUGGUGACCUGGGACCCCCCAGUCAACAGAAAUGGAAAGAUAAUGGGCUACGUUGUUUCUUAUGAAACUGCUGAAAAUGACGAACGUUACACCAAACAAGUGAAACAAAAGGUUUCCGACGCCACCUUUUUGCUUAUACAAGGGCUCGAGGAAGAGGUCAUGUACACAUUCACUGUCAGGGCUUUGACAUUUGAAUAUGGUCCUGCUGCCACUGCAAAUGUCACCACCGGCCCUCAGGAUGGUUCACCUGUCUCUGUGCGAGAACUCUCGCUCACCCGAACACUGGCAUCAGUAGAACUAAGCUGGGUGAAUGGGGUGUUUGUUAAGCAGCCUAUCCUAGGCUACUAUAUUGAGAGCCAAAGGAAAGAUGACGUCCGUUGGCAAAUAGUGGCAAAAACGAAGGGUGGCCCUUCCAGAGAGUUUUCUGUUUCAUACCAAAAUUUGCUCCCUUCAACCUCUUAUAAAUUCAGAGUGAUUGCUUACAACAAAUUUGGAGUCAGCUAUCCAACCUAUAGCAAAGAAAAUGUCAUUACGCCUUCAAAGCUCUACCUGGAGUAUGGUUAUCUCCAGCUGAAACCCUUUUAUCGUCAAUCCUGGUUCAUGGUGGUUUUGGCAGCUAUGUCAGUUAUCAUCAUUGUGGCGGUCAUUGCCGUGCUCUGUGUUAAAAGCAAGAGCUAUAAAUACAAACAAGAGGCACAAAAUAACUUUGAAAAGUCUAUUAAAGCAGACGGUGAUGACAUAAACGAUCCUUCCAUGGAAAUGUCUACAGAUGUCCCAUACCAGGCAUACUCCCAGAGCCUUCUUGGGUCAACUAGAGGGAGAAAUAGAGCAAGUGCCGUCUUUGGUAAAACUCCGCCUCGUCCGCGACCAGCAAGUGUUGCCUACAACAGCGAUGAUGAUAGUGUCAAGGGGUAUGACGAAAACCCUGAUGACAGCAGUGUCACAGAGAAACCGUCUGAACUCAGCUCAACUGACUCACAGGAAACUGAGAGUGACAACGACAGUGAGGGAACUCCUCCGCCCUCUUUUGUGAACCACUACGCCAACAUCAAUGACUCUCUGCGGCAGUCCUGGAAGCGUCAGAAACCAAUCAGGAAUUAUUCGAGUUACACCGAUUCUGAGCCCGAGCCGUACAUUUCAACUCAACCGAGGGGCUCGGACUACGAGGCGGCUUCUUCUUCUGCGGCAGCUUCGAUACUUAAUGGCGGCCAAAUAGUUAUGAAUAACAAAGCCAGGUCAAGGGCACCCUUGCCUGGCUUCUCAUCCUUUGUAUGAUAAGGUAAUAGAUCUGCUAGACUUGAUACUACUCGAAGUGCUCUUAAAUUAAAUGCCUUUCGAUCGCACCGCACUCACAAUCUGAAUCUCAACGAGCUUGUGUCCAAUAAUGUGCAUUUUCCCAAUUUCUUAACAAUAAACGUGAUCUCUGACCAAAAUAAAACGAGAGCGAGUGCGGUAGGUUUAUAUUUUGUAAAGUCGCUUUACAUAAAAUGUGAAAGAAAGAAAGUCUUUUUAUCCUUUCUUCUCCGACUCUGUCCUUUUAAAUAACUCCCAAGAAUGCGAUGUUGAUUGAAAUAACAACAUUCCGUCCUUUUCCCUGCAUUUCUUUAGUUAAUGCAAUAUUAGUUUCUUAAUUUUAUUCAACCCCAGACUGAGGCAGCUAUUUAUGUAAAACGCUACUUUUUAAGUUCUUGUAGUUUUUAUCAAGAUGAUUUUAUGUGGCCAUGGCUUACGUACUUUUGUAUCGUCAGUUUUAAAUGUAUAGAAACUUGAAUAAAUAUAGCAUUGACUUUAUUAGAAACUA